UGUUGGGAACUCCGUGAACAAAACCCGCUGGUGUAUUGUCGGGAUCACUGUAUUGUUGUCUGCCUGUGUUUAGGCUACUGUACAUGUAGUACAUAGUACAUGUGGACCUGGAUGAGUGUUUGGGCUAGUUAGACUCGGCCAACUGUAACCAGUGAGACUACACAGUAGUACAACGUGUUUCUUCGUUUGGUGAUAUUUUAGACAAUCACAUCUCUGCGUGUGUGGAAACAACUAUUAGACUCAACUUCACCUCUUGGUUCAAGCUGUGUAGACGCUUGCAGUGUUCUGUGUUUGGACCAUUAGAUACCAGCUAGAUUGAGCCAACUGAGACCGGUAAACCUCCACGCUGCAACAUCUUUUUUCAGUUACGGAUAUUUUAGGCAAUCACAUCUUUGUGAGUGUGUGUGUGGAAAAAAUACUGAACUGCGCUUUCCAUUCAGUAAACCUCCACGCUGCAACAUCUUUUUUCAGUUACGGAUAUUUUAGGCAAUCACAUCUUUGUGAGUGUGUGUGUGGAAAAAAUACUGAACUGCGCUUUCCAUUCAGUAAACCUCCACGCUGCAACAUCUUUUUUCAGUUACUGAUAUUUUAGGCAAUCGCAUCUCUCUGCCGGUGUAUGGUUUCUUUGCGUGUUUCUGGUUGGCUACUGCAGCAUCAGCCAACUGUAACCAGUAAUACUCCACAGUCGUGCAACGUCUUUCUUCAGUAACUGAUAUUUUAGACAACCACAUGUGUGUGUGUGUGUGUAAAAAAAAUUCUAAAGAACUGAACUGCACUCUCGAUUCGGUAACCCGUAAAAACCUCCGUGCUGCAACGUCUUUCAUAAGUUACUGAUAUUUUAGAGAAAACGCAUUUCUCGGUGUUUGGACAAAAUUUCUAAAGAACUGAACUUAACUGCUCCCUCAAUUUCUGCAUCUGAUGCUCAGUACACUCUGUGCAGACGCUUUGCAGUGUUUUCUGUGUUUGGGCGAAUCGACACCAGCUGUAAAACUGUCUUCACUUUUCUCUGUUAGAAUUUUAAAACUCAUUCUGCAAGCAAGCCGCGUGUCCGUUGUUGCAGAGAAUUUUCUCUUAAACGUGAAGCACCAGCUUUCAUCACUGGGUGAUCUGACGAGUGCGCCAAAUGAAAAUCAACCUUGGAGUUUAAUUUUGAAGUCUGGAGUUUUAACGUUGUUUUGCACCGGUGUUGCUCUGAAAGUGAAUGCAACACAUUUCAGUUAGGUCAGCGCUGAUAAUUUUGUUUGACUUAAAAUCCUCCUCCUAGCAGAUUGUUUUCUAGCGCUUUUGUGAAAGUUAACUUUAGGAGGAAGGCUUUGGACAACUACCUUUAGGGAUACGUCUUACAAGUCUAACUUCAAACACUGAGUGUGGCUGGUUUUUCUGUUGGAUUUUUAUGAGAGUCUAAGAAACCAUUUUGGAAAUCUGUGAAGUUAUCAACGGGAACUCAAAAGUGUCCGGUGCAUUGUUAUCUUUGAGAUCUAGACAACCCAAUACGAUCUCCUGAUUUCUACGUACUUUUGUGCAUAUUUAUCGCACAUCUGUCCUGACAAUUUGUCGUAAAACUACGAGUGACUCUCCUCCUCACUUGCUAUUUGAAGCUGCUUCAUUGAUGUUUGCUACGCUUUUGUUGUGAGCGGAAUCGUAACGGAACCGAAAUGAAGGGCGCCUACAUUCAAGCUGAGGCUAUGGCCUAUCAGAACAUCUUCAACUUUGAGGAAUUUGGUCUCGGAUAUAGUCAUGAAGAUUCCACAUCUCAAGCCAUGCCAGUACCCCAAGGCCCCAACGACAAACUCAUGAGUAAUGACCUUGUCACCAUGGUAACGACCUCAUCCCCACUCAGCAUCAGUACCAUGGCAACCACGGUGCACACCCCUCCCAGUCCAGCACCUAGCCCGUCCCCUCCGGCGAUCGCCAACACGGGGACGAAUCCGGACGAAAGUGUGAUUCCAAAUGGAAGGAAUGAUAAGAGGUUAACCAAAGAGGCAAUGGGACAGUACUUAAGAGAUAGGUGUCAUCAAACAGUGGUCAUACAACACGCUAAAGUCGCACAGAAAUCAUACGGAACAGAAAAGAGGUUCUUCUGUCCUCCACCGUGUAUCUACCUUCUUGAUCCGGGCUGGAGACGCAAACGGGAGCAGAUGCAGGGAGACGGUGAGACGGAGGCUGGAUCCCAGGUCUGUGCCUUCAUGGGCAUCGGAAACAGCGAUCAAGAUAUGCAGCAACUAAACCUGGAAGGCAAGGAUUACUGCGCCGCCAAGACGCUUUACAUCUCAGACUCCGAUAAGAGGAAACAUUUCCUUCUGUCCGUCAAGAUGUUCUACGGCAGCGGAGAGGACAUCGGAGUCUUCAACAGCAAACGAAUCAAAGUCAUUUCCAAACCCUCAAAGAAGAAACAGUCACUCAAAAAUGCCGAUUUAUGCAUUCAUUCAGGGUCAACGGUGGCGCUGUUCAACCGGCUGCGAUCGCAGACAGUCAGUACCAGAUAUCUUCACGUUGAGAACAAUAAUUUCCAUGCCAGCUCUCAGCAGUGGGGAGCAUUCACAAUACACUUACUGGAUGAUGAGGAAUCAGAAAGUGAGGAGUUUACGGUGCGAGACGGCUACAUCCACUACGGGUCAACAGUCAAACUGGUGGACAUAAUAACUGGAAUGGCUCUCCCUAGAUUGAUCAUCAGAAAAGUGGACAAGCAGACAGCUUUACUGGACGCCGAUGAUCCCGUCUCACAACUCCAUAAAUGUGCCUUCUACAUGAAAGAUACCGAGAGAAUGUACCUCUGUCUAUCACAAGAAAGGAUCAUCCAGUUCCAGGCCACACCUUGCCCUAAAGAAACCGACAAAGAAAUCAUCAACGAUGGUGCUUCCUGGACCAUCAUCAGCACCGACAAAGCCGAGUACAGUUUCUACGAAGGGAUGGGACCGGUCAAGGCACCGGUCACACCGGUACCUGUGGUGAUUGACCUCCAGCUGAAUGGGGGUGGUGACGUGGCCAUGUUGGAACUGACCGGUGAAAACUUCACGCCGAACUUGAAGGUGUGGUUUGGAGAUGUUGAGGCGGAGACUAUGUACAGGUGUGCCGAGUACAUGCUUUGUGUGGUCCCAGACAUUUCAGCGUUCCGUGGUGAAUGGAGGUGGGUGAGGAGGCCAACCCAAGUACCAGUCACACUAGUACGCAACGACGGCAUCAUCUACCCCACUGGUCUCACCUUCACAUACACCCCAGAACCCGGCCCCCGACCCAUCAAUGGACUCUCCGAUGGAAUGAUCCAUUAGCCUCGCGGGGUUGUUUCUGUGAAACUUGCCCUCUUUUGACUCGGACAAGUAAAACAAAAACAAAAACUAUGAAAGAAACUCGGGACCAAAUAACUGACAACCCAUCUUGCAUUAUGGAUGUUGAUCAAGAGGGGUGUCGACAUGCUUGAUCUGCGGAGGGCUGCAUGUUAAAGCGCCAUGAGCACUUUUAGUGGAUACCGGCGCUAUAGAAGACGUCAUUAUAAUGUUUAUACAGUGCCUCACUGGAACCCUUCAUUUUGAAAGAGGGGUGUUUCACCAUUUUGUGCCAACGAGAAAGCCCUGGUUGUACAAUGUAUAUUCCUGAUGCAGUAAAAAUAUGCCUUUAGAAAAUGAUGCUGUUGGAGAUUUUAAGGAAAACUGUCUUGAUGCUUCGUCUCUACACCAGAGACCAAUUUUAAAGAGCUGCUAAGCACAAAAAUUUGCUUAGCACAAAUUUCUUCCUUGGUAAAAACAGGAU